AAAUGAGUAGGUAGUACAGCGGUUCAGUGGUUCCCAAACUAUUUUUUAAUCGUAGCACGUUAUUAUUAGUUACUUAUUAAUUUAUUAUAAAUCGCAGCACACGAUAGACAAUUUCUAUUUGCCAAAAUUAAAUAAUUUAAGAUUUAUUCAAAACAAUGUGUUCUCAAGUUUUCAAGGCAUACCUUUAAAAUUUCUUGACACACUAUUUAGGAAACAUUAUAUUAUUAUUAUUAUUAUUACUAUUUUAGUAGUAAACCAUUAUAACAUUGUUGUAGAUAAUAAAGUGUUGCAUGUGACCAUCGUCUUCAUAACCAGUGCCCAUUAAAUAAAAACUGCAGUGAGGUCUACAGUCUGCAGUGUAUCUAUCUCAUGGAACUAUACUGAUAUUCGUUUAUAUAUCAUUUAUUAUUAUUUCAGGACAUAUGAGUGCAUACAUAUAUAAGUAAGUACAAUAUUUAAAAAUAAUAAUAACAAUAAGUAGCUUGAUGGAACGGUGGAGUGGCAAGGUGGCGAUAGUUACUGGCGCCAGUGCUGGUAUUGGUGCGGCGAUUGUAGUAAAGCUGGCGAAGAGUGGCGUGCACGUCGUGGCGCUCGCCAGAAGAGAAAACAAACUAAAGGAACUAGCCGAAUCAUUAAAUAAUAAAGACUACGGAACUAUUUAUACAAAGGUAUGCGAUGUCACUAACGAGCAAUAUGUGAAAAACGUUUUUUCGUGGGUAGAUUCAACAUUAGGAGGUCCCAGUAUUUUAAUUAACAAUACGGGAGUGGUGAAAGUAUCAAGCCUUUUAAAUAGAAAACUGAAGGAUUGGCAAGAGAUAUUUAAUGUCAAUGUUAUGGCGUUGAGUGUGUGUUCGAGAGAAGCUUACAAAUCGAUGACGAAAAAUAAAAUCGACGGUCACAUCAUUCAAGUAAAUAAUAUCUCCGGUCACAGUUUAACUCCGAACUUUGCGCACAAAAUGUAUAACGCUUCAAAGCAAGCAGUCACAGCACUGUGUGACGGACUUCGACACGAAUUACAAUUAACUGGAUCAAAAAUCAAAGUUUCGAGCGUUAGCCCAGGACCAACAGCUACAGAUAUGUUAACAAAUCUCAUCAAAUAUCACAAAGAAUUAAAAACUACGGUGGAUCACAAUAUACUUGAUGCAGAAGACGUCGCGAAUGCCGUAAUUAGUUCUUUGGCAACGCCGCCAAAUGUUCUUCUGAACAAGCUUUGAAACGAAAUGAAUUAACUUUACGGGAAACUGUCCAAGUUGUAUUAGCAAGUCAGGGGCUCCUAAGUUGUUCUUGUAAAAGUGCUUGUCAAAUCAAACUAAAGAUAGCAUGAAAUGUUACAGCAAUUGUCAAAAUCCACUGACCUGCUUAAAUAAAUAAAAACCAAAACCAAUUACUAUAUACUAAAUAAGCUUAUUUUUUUUUAACUAUUUUAAUUAAGUAUUUAAUAAU